CCAAUGACAGUUGAGAUCAACGGUUGAAAAUAAUUCAAUCACAUCAUAAAAAUAACAACAGUAAGGGGGAAAUGAGUGGAGUGGAUUAAGUGGUAGCUCACUCUCUCAGCCUCGAAUUCAAUAUCCUCAUUUUCCUAUCGAUAAUCCAUCUCCACACAAAACGCUUCCAUGGCUUCCAUCGUCGGAGCCCCAUCCACUCCCUCUAAAUCCCUAUUCACAUCACCGUCACUUUCAAACCCUAAGCCCACUUCCUUUUUCCACAAAACUCAAACCCUAGCCACCAAAUCUAACCCCCCUUUCGCCUCCUCUUUCACCAAUGCCUCCUCCAUUUUCCGAUACUCCGUCCUUUCUUCUCCGUCCACCGGAUCUUCUCCAUUUCGGCGCCGCUCACUCACUGUCCGCGCCGCCAGAGGCAAGUUCGAGCGCAAGAAGCCGCACGUCAACAUUGGAACCAUCGGCCACGUGGAUCACGGCAAGACCACUCUCACGGCGGCUCUGACCAUGGCGCUGGCAUCCAUGGGGAACAGCGCUCCCAAGAAGUACGACGAGAUUGACGCGGCGCCGGAGGAACGGGCGCGUGGAAUCACCAUCAACACCGCUACGGUUGAGUACGAGACGGAGAGUCGGCAUUACGCCCACGUGGAUUGCCCAGGCCACGCUGACUACGUCAAGAACAUGAUCACCGGCGCGGCUCAGAUGGACGGCGCCAUUCUCGUCGUCUCUGGCGCCGAUGGGCCGAUGCCGCAGACCAAAGAGCAUAUUCUUCUCGCCAAGCAGGUUGGAGUGCCCAAUAUGGUGGUUUUCCUCAAUAAGCAAGACCAGGUUGAUGAUGAAGAGCUUCUUCAGUUGGUUGAAUUGGAGGUUCGUGAGCUUCUCGCUUCGUAUGAAUUUCCCGGCGACGAUAUUCCCAUUGUAUCCGGAUCAGCAUUGCUAGCCCUAGAGGCAUUGAUGGCAAACCCUAGCAUUAAGAGAGGAGAGAAUGAAUGGGUCGAUAAAAUCUAUGAAUUGAUGGAUGCUGUUGAUAGUUACAUUCCAAUUCCACAGCGCCAGACCGAUUUGCCCUUCCUCCUUGCAGUUGAAGAUGUGUUUUCGAUCACUGGUCGUGGGACUGUGGCAACAGGUCGUGUAGAAAGGGGUACAAUCAAGGUUGGGGAGACUGUUGAUCUUGUUGGAUUGAGAGAGACUCGGGCCACUACUGUUACUGGAGUUGAGAUGUUUCAGAAAAUUCUAGAUGAGGCACUUGCUGGUGACAACGUGGGGCUUUUGCUGAGAGGUAUUCAGAAGGCUGAUAUCCAGAGGGGGAUGGUUCUGGCAAAGCCUGGAACUAUUACGCCACACACUAAGUUCUCUGCCAUUGUUUAUAUUUUGAAGAAGGAGGAGGGUGGGAGGCAUUCGCCCUUUUUUGCAGGGUAUAGGCCACAAUUCUACAUGAGGACUACUGAUGUCACAGGCAAGGUUGCACAAAUCAUGAAUGAUAAGGAUGAAGAGUCAAAGAUGGUUAUGCCGGGAGACCGUGUAAAGAUGGUUGUGGAGCUUAUAAUGCCUGUGGCAUGCGAACAAGGAAUGAGAUUUGCUAUUAGAGAAGGGGGGAAGACUGUGGGUGCUGGUGUAAUCCAGUCCAUUAUUGAAUGAUCUUGGAGUUCAUUUAAUAUUAUUGAUGUUUUUCAUGUCUGGCAUCUGUUAUAGCAGGAAGAGAGGAGGAUACCACACUAAUAGUACUUUAGGCUUGCUGAGUUGAGGUUGGCAUUUUGGUUCUUGUAGAAACAGUUGCAGUACUGAGGGAGAAGAAGGAAGCAAUUUGCCCCAGGAUACAUGCUCAUUUAUCAAGUAAUAUUAUCAUGACAUGUUGGUAGCCUUGGCAAGCAUUUGUUAGUGUGCAUUUGCAGAUGAUAUUAUUCACAUGCGCCAGAUGAGCACUUGGAUCAGGGGAAUGGAUUGAUAACUUUGCUUCCUUUUUUAAGUUUUUGGUUUAAGGUAAUAAAAGAAGGUAAUAUAUCUGUAAAACCUUGUAUGGGUGACAUUAAAACUAAACCGAAGAACAUCAGGAAAAUGAAUUGUGUAGUUUUAUUUUAAAUAAAGAUACAUGGCUAUAUCCCGACA